AUGGCCGACCAAUUCGAUUUCGACGAAGGAUUCGACACCGAUGACGAUCUAGUCAGAACAGAUUUCCAUGGGCCUUUGCCAGAGGUUGAGCCCGCAAGAGGCUGGAAAGAUGUCAUACUUUCCCUCGAGAACGGUCAAACAACCUGGGAUAAUCUUGAAGAUGCAGACCGGCGCCUGCUCGAGUACUACGAUGAUAAAAAUACGGCGAGGCCGACAUUACUGCAUAAAAUGGCUGAAAACUGGGGAAAGGACUAUUACAGACACCUGUCAAUGGCUACACGUGAAGCCAUAGUGCUUUACCUGCUCGAUCAAAGGAUUCUAUACACCAACAAACAAGAUGACCCAAUCCUCAACGUGGCUAUCAGCUAUCACACAGCAGACCUCAUUGAUUUCCUUAUCGACCACCGCCCAAAUUUGCUCCCGGAUCUCCUGGCAGACACCGAUACGAAAGGGAUGAACUGUUUGCACAAAGUAUUCAAAGAUACUUUGUUCGACGCUUUGAGGCAGUUAAUGCAAUCAAAAGGAAAGAAUCGAGCUCUCAUGGCGUCAGUUAUGUCGACGGUCGCAAAGCUGUUGGAACAUGCCGAUGUUGCAUCUAUCCUUGCGAAGGAUGAAUUAGGUAACACGCCGAUUCAUUAUGCCAUGGAUGCUAGGCUUUGCCUUACUCCAGGGUACUUUAGGCAUGCCGACGGCAUGGAAUAUCGAUAUGAAGAUAUUGUCAAGUCACUCUUUCUCCUCUUGGAAAAGGACAAGUCAGUGAUGAAGAAUGCAGAUUUGCUAUUUAACAAGCAACACCAUUCCCCUUAUCGCUAUUUCGUCAUCAGUAAAUCAGGAGUCGAUAAAGCCCGAAAAGGCAGUGUGCAGAAGCCUUCGGGCCGGGAACCGAUGGUCGAUAGGAAGGAGAACAGCAUGGACAUGAAGGCUGUCAGGAAGCCGGCAUUUAGAGAUCCAAUGGGCGAUAUACGAAUUCCUACGAAAGAAAGCCCUAUCAAUCCAGCCCAGCCCUCUGUGACAGCCGAAUACUCAGCUUCAGAGUGGCUCCAAAAGCCGGGUCGAGACCUGCAGCCUCGUUCGCAUCAGCCUGUGGGACCCAUGAGCGAGGGAAAACCUCAUGACAUGACAGGAAUGGGGCUAAGGCCAUUGCUUCGACGCCCUGCGGAUCCUUUGGGCAUAAAGCGUGAUGAGUCCCAAAGCCCAGUUGUGGAAGCAGGCGUACAACACGCCAUUUCAGCAGACGCAGAAGGCUCGAAACCCAGGACUGCCAGGCAAGUCGUGUGGGGGGGGCCGAGGGGAAACGAAGCUGCAGGAAGUAUUGCAAGCCUUGUAAAAUGCUUCUUCAUCCGCAACAACACCGACAGGAAUGCGAAGGAUCUAUUAUAUGGGAAGGUCGCAUCUGGUGAGCAGCAGGCCAUCGCCUGUGGUAACUAUCAAGGUGCCACUAACACUCACUUUGUUUUCACAGACAAGAACCUGUUCUUCGAUGCUAGUCAUCUUCGCGGCAAGCCAAUUGGUGACGUUGUUGACCUGAUAAACAGGAUAUCGCAAGCCGGGGGGUUCGAAGAUACCCUGUCAUAUGUGAAGAUACCCGCACUGGCUUCUGAGCCACAUAUUUUGCCUCAGCCACACAGACAGAAUAUCCCAAAUGAGAAGAGACAAAUUAAGAGGAGUCCAGACUCCAAACAGUCUAGUGGAAGAAACAAUCUGAUCAAAGUGUUUGACAAGCUUGUUGAGGUAAAUGUCCGCAAAAUCAUACGAUUGCAUGUGGAGGACAAUGCCGAUGAAUGGGCACAUACCGACACGGCAAUCGAAAUGGCCAUGAAAGGUAGUAAUCAGUAUUCAGGCGAAGUAUCGCGAGACGCGCUGGAAAUAGAGGAAUGGGACUGGUGCAAGCCCGACAUCAACAUGGAUGUUAUAGAGUACGCUGCGCCUUCGGUACAACACAUUCAUCUGCAUUGGAGUGGGAACCAGACUGUACUUUACGGCUGGGCGAGCAGCGAAAACGGAAUCCCAUUGCUGUGUAGGAAUCCGAGGUCGUUAUUAUCCAAGAUCACGCUGCAUGCCUACCAGGGCCUGGAAACCUCGAAUCGUCGAGACCACAUGAUUCGGCAAUUCUGUAACCUCGUGGAAAGUCGAACGCAGCACAAGAUCGAAGUUAUACCAAAGCCAAUAUCAAAGAGUAUCAUAAAGAGUGACCGAGCCGAUGCGGACCAAGAUCCACUCCUGAGGGAGCAGAUGGAGAAGCCCCGAUCAGAUGCAUGGAUUGAGGCGAUGGAGCGUUUCCGAGGCUCCUUGAUUCGCAUGCAUGACAAAAAUAUGCUGACUAACACCAAGCGAGUUAAGGUGGCAUUGAUUGAUGACGGAAUUGACCUUCAGGACUUCAACACUUAUAGAUUUGCCCAAUGUACGGGCGUCAGUUAUUGUUCGAGCGAUAUAAGUAACGGGGACCCGUGGUGGAAAUCCACUAAUGGACAUGGUACCAUCAUGGCUAACAUGAUCAGCCGAAUCAAUCCGUGGGUUCAGCUUGAAGUGAUCAAAGUCCAGAGCAGCCCUUCCUACAUCCAUGGCGAUGGAGCACGCAGCAUCAGCCCUAGAAGUGCCGCCGAUGCCAUCAACGCGGCAGUAGUACGUGGCGCCGAUAUAAUCUCUAUGUCGUGGACUAUAACAGACGUAGGGUUUCGUAUGUCUGUGUUAUCAGACAGUGCGCCCAAUGUGGAUGGCGACAAAAGGCGAGCGGAUGAGAAUGAUCUGAAGCUCCUCCAGAGUGCAAUUGACGACGCUGUUAAAGGAGAUAAACGACUCCUGAUUUGCUCCGCCGCGGAUGAUGUCCGGCUCAAUGGGGACAAUACUUUUCCCUAUAGCCAGGCUCCGGAACGCAUUCUUCGCAUCGGUUCGACGGGGCCUCAGGCGAAUCGAGACCUGGGAUCAGGUAGUGGAGGCUCUAUAACAUACUACCUGCCAGGUAACCAGGUUGCCGAGGAUCGGAGGCCUCAUUCUGCAAAGCCCGUUGUUUAUCAUAACGGAUCCUCUGUCUCGACGGCACUUGCUGCGGGCCUCGCAUCAUUGAUCAUGUAUUGUUGUCACUGCCUCCACUCGUGCCAGGCUGGUGCUGAGUAUGAAAAUUGCGCGAAAGCACUACGGAGUCAUGCAAACAUGCGUAAGGCUUUUAAUAGCAUUAACAGGUAUUUCGAGUGGAAAGACGAUGACAAAAUCGUUCCAGUCUGGGGUCUUUUUGGUGACAAGAGCAGUAUGCUGGAUAAAGCAACUAACAGCGAAGACAAGAUCAAAGUGCUGAAAGAACUGGUUGCGUGCUUAUGCCUGGAUAUCAAGUGA